UGUUCAAGAGAGAGACGGAGGAACCAUGGCCAGGGUGUCGUUGGUGGUUAUUCUGAUAGUGGGGAUGACCACAGCCAGGAUGGAGUCCGAAGACUCCCUUGCUCGUUCUGGACUGGUUUUUGUUCCCUAUUCUAAGGUAACUUAUACAUCGACAGUACAGAUCGUUCCUGUCAAGAUAAAACAGGGAGAGUUUUUAGAUCCCUUUUUGAAGAUUGGACAAAAGUUAAAAGAGACUGAGGAUAGUUUAAAAAAACUUGGAUUAUCUGAGAUGAACUAUGGAGAGACAAAUCGUAAGCCAGAAAAAAAUGAAAGAAUUGUGAUUGCCGACACAAUUGUCACAAUAAUUGACAAUAUGAGAAAGAAUAUAGACAAUCAUAUGACAACAAUUCGAGAUUUUUUUAGGUCAGUUCAUCAAGGACGACAGAAGCGUUCUCUCUGGGAGGGACUAAAUUUGGUUAGCAAUGUUGCAGGAUUGAUAAUGGGAGGGGUAACUAAUCAUCGUAUAGAUAUGUUGCACACCCAAAUCAUGGAAUCUGAUAAGUUAGCACAAAGAGCUAUUGAAAUGGCUGGGGUCACCACUAGCCUGUUAGACACUGUCAUUAUUCGGGAGAAUGAAAUAGCGAGGGCACUGGAGAGAAUGGAUGAAGCAAUUGGUGUCAUAGAUGUAGUGGUCACUGACUUGGGUCGGCGGUUGCAACUAUUAGAGAAGAUAUUUUUGUGUAGUUCUGUCCUGGAGAACUACCGGGCCUAUUCUCCGAGGAGUCGAGGAAAACCAAAAUUCAAUUUUGGGAGGGUUACGGGAAGCAAACGUAGGUAGACUUUCGCCAAAUUUUAUUACCCCUGAUGUACUCUUAUCCAUAUUAAAUACGUUAAUAAAGGAAGGGGUAUCCCUCAUAAUUCCUCCAAAUGAAGAGAAUUUACACACAUAUUACUUUUCUUUAAAUGUAAAACUAAUGCCUGGAAGUUCUUUGGGAAAUUUGAUGGUAUAUCUGACUUUCCCUUUACCAGGCCACCAAAUGGAUGCUUUCCUGGUCCAUGCUUUCCCCAGACCCAUCUUGAACUCUACGGCUUUUAUCCAUACCCAGAUUUCUGCUGCUGUCCUUCUUGUUUCAGAGGCCAGGGACCUGUUUGUGGAAAAGAGGGACCUUAUUGACUGCAAAGCCAUUCAACCGGGAUGGAGUGUCUGUCCGGCCGAUGCUGCCCUCCUGCGACGUGGACAGGUCACU